CAAUAGAAAACACCUUACAAUCGUAAAGAAAAGACAUGGUGGAGCUUCCACAAUCACUAGCCUUACACAUUGCUUUCCACCUACAGUCCCGAUCCAAAAUUUCCAUUCUUUAAAGUCUUCCUAUAAAUUCAAACAGUUAAUCACAUAAAGAACAAACCCAUAAACCCUAAUUCAAACCAUAAGUUUUGAUUUUCAUGUCGAUUCAUGAUCCAAUAAACUUGCGUAGAGGGCCUUGGCUUGAUGAAGAAGAUGAUAGAUUGACUAUCACUGUUGAAGCAUUAGGUGAAAAACAUUGGGAUGCUUUGGCUAAACAAUCAGGUUUGAGGAGAAGUGGAAAAAGUUGUCGGCUUAGGUGGAUGAACUAUCUUCGACCCAAUUUAAAGCAUGGUGAGAUCACAGAUGAAGAAGAACACAUAAUACUUAAUCUUCAUAAACAAUGGGGUAACAAGUGGUCAAGAAUCGCUAAAAGAUUGCCUGGAAGAACAGAUAACGAGAUCAAGAAUUACUGGAGAAGUCAUUUAAAAAAGAAAGCCGAAGCCCAACUAGCAGAAUGCUUCGAGGGCAUAAAAGAAGAUGUGAAACAAGAUUUCUUGACAACAAAAUGCGACAGAAGCUUUGAUCAUGUUGGCGAAAGCAGCAUGAAUGAUAAAGAGGAUAUUUUUGGAAUUUCAUCCAUGGAAACACCUGAAUCUUGUAACAUGGAUAUUGCAUUCGAAAGUGGUUCACCAUAUGAAAGUAGGAUGUCGGAUUUGAUAUCUUCGUGUUGUUGGGAAGGUGAUCAAGAAGUAAAACAUCAUGAAGAUUGCAUGGGAACGUUUCCAUGUUUCUGCAGUGAAGUUGGAUCGAGUUCUGAAGAAAGUACGACACAUGGUGUGUGGGAUCUUUGGAGUCCCAUUUGGGAAACGGGUUAAAUUAGUUAAUUCGUGGUGUUCUUCAUGUUUUUUUUUGAAGAGUAA